GCGCUGCGGCGGGAGGUGGCUGCGAGGGUGGGAGGUGUGUGCGCGCGUGUGCCGCGCCGUGGGGAGCGGCGGGUCGCGCCGCGGGCUGUCAGAGCUGCGCGCCGCCGCCCGAUGGCGCGAGGAGGCGCGCGGGCCCAGCUCCGUGGGGCCUCCCCCGGCCGCGGGUGAGCCCCUCGGCUUGCCGCCCGCGAGCAUGUCACCUCCAGCCACCGCGGCAGACUUCGCCAGCAGUGCCCGCGCCCCCGCCUCCCGCAGCCGCAGCCGCUGCCGCUGCCUGGGGCAUCGGCCCCCAGACCCCAGCCCCUGAUCCACGCCCUGAGCCUAGAGCCAGAGGACCAUGGCCGGCCAGGGGGACUGCUGCGUCAAGGUGGCCGUCAGGAUUCGGCCCCAGCUAUCAAAGGAGAAGAUUGAGGGCUGUCACAUCUGCACCUCUGUCACCCCUGGGGAGCCCCAGGUCCUUCUGGGGAAGGACAAGGCCUUCACCUAUGACUUUGUCUUUGACCUGGACACCUGGCAGGAACAAAUCUAUUCGACCUGUGUGAGCCAGCUCAUCGAGGGCUGCUUCGAGGGCUACAAUGCCACAGUGCUGGCCUAUGGGCAGACAGGGGCCGGGAAGACAUACACGAUGGGCACUGGCUUUGACACGGCGACGUCGGAGCAGGAGCAGGGCAUCAUUCCCAGGGCCAUCGCACACCUCUUCGGGGGCAUUGCUGAGCGCAAACGGCGGGCGCAGGAGCAGGGUGUGGCUGGGCCUGAGUUCAAAGUCAGCGCUCAGUUCCUGGAGCUCUACAACGAGGAGAUCCUCGACCUGUUUGAUAGCACCCGUGACCCUGACGCCCGCCACCGCAGGUCCAACAUCAAGAUCCACGAGGAUGGGAAUGGUGGCAUCUACACCACAGGCGUCACUUCCCGCCUCAUCACCUCCCAGGAGGAGCUGAUCCAGUGCCUGAAGCAGGGCGCCCUGUCCCGCACCACGGCCAGCACACAGAUGAAUGUGCAGAGCUCCCGCUCACACGCUAUCUUCACCAUCCACGUGUGCCAGAUGCGAGUGUGCCCCCAGCCCGACCCAGUGAAUGAGGCGGUGACGGGGCUUCCUGAGGGCACGGCUCCCACCAGUGAGUAUGAGACACUCACUGCUAAGUUUCACUUCGUGGACCUGGCUGGCUCAGAGCGGCUGAAGCGGACGGGGGCCACCGGCGAGCGGGCCAAGGAGGGCAUCUCCAUCAACUGCGGCCUGCUGGCCUUGGGCAACGUGAUCAGCGCCUUGGGGGACCAGAGCAAGAAGGUGGUACACGUGCCCUACAGGGACUCGAAGCUCACUCGGCUCCUCCAGGACUCGCUGGGGGGCAACAGCCAGACCAUCAUGAUUGCCUGUGUGAGCCCCUCAGACCGGGACUUCAUGGAGACGCUCAACACACUCAAAUAUGCCAAUCGGGCCCGCAACAUCAAGAACAAGGUGGUGGUGAACCAGGACAAGACGAGCCAGCAGAUCAGCGCCCUGCGGGCCGAGAUCGCUCGGCUACAGAUGGAGCUGAUGGAGUACAAGGCGGGCAAGAGGGUGAUCGGGGAGGAUGGUGCCGAAGGCUACAGUGACCUGUUCCGGGAGAAUGCCAUGCUGCAGAAGGAGAACGGGGCACUGCGUCUGCGGGUGAAGGCCAUGCAGGAGGCCAUCGAUGCCAUCAACAACCGCGUCACUCAACUCAUGAGCCAGGAGGCUAAUCUGCUCCUGGCCAAGGCUGGUGAUGGCAAUGAGGCCAUUGGUGCGCUGAUCCAGAACUACAUCCGGGAGAUUGAGGAGCUGCGGACGAAGCUCCUGGAGAGUGAGGCCAUGAACGAGUCCCUGCGUCGCAGCCUCUCCCGGGCCUCGGCUCGGAGCCCCUACUCCCUGGGCGCGUCUCCAGGCGCUGCGGCCUUCGGGGGCAGCCCAGCCAGCUCCAUGGAGGACGCCUCUGAGGUGAUCCGCCGGGCCAAGCAGGACCUGGAGCGGCUCAAGAAGAAGGAGGUCAGGCAGCGGAGAAAGAGCCCAGAGAAGGAGGCCUUCAAAAAGAGGGCAAAACUCCAACAGGAAAACAGUGAGGAGACCGAUGAGAAUGAGGCUGAGGAGGAGGAAGAAGAGCGAGACGAGAGUGGCUGUGAGGAGGAGGAGGGGCGCGAGGAUGAAGACGAGGACUCAGGCAGUGAGGAGAGCCUGGUGGACUCGGACUCAGACCCUGACGAGAAGGAGGUGAACUUCCAGGCCGACCUGGCCGACCUGACAUGUGAGAUCGAGAUCAAGCAGAAGCUGAUCGACGAGCUGGAGAACAGCCAGCGACGGCUGCAGACACUCAAACACCAGUACGAGGAGAAGCUGAUUCUGCUUCAGAACAAGAUCCGAGACACACAGCUGGAGCGUGACCGCGUGCUGCAGAACCUCAGCACCAUGGAGUGCUACACGGAGGAGAAGGCCAACAAGAUCAAGGCUGACUAUGAGAAGCGGCUGCGGGAGAUGAACCGGGACCUGCAGAAGCUGCAGGCCGCGCAGAAGGAGCACGCACGGCUGCUCAAAAACCAGUCCCGCUACGAAAGGGAGCUGAAGAAGCUGCAGGCCGAGGUGGCUGAGAUGAAGAAGGCCAAGGUGGCGCUGAUGAAGCAGAUGCGUGAGGAGCAGCAGCGACGGCGGCUGGUGGAGACUAAGAGGAACCGGGAGAUCGCCCAGCUCAAGAAGGAGCAGCGGCGACAGGAGUUUCAGAUCCGAGCACUGGAGUCCCAGAAGCGGCAGCAGGAGAUGGUCCUGAGGAGGAAAACCCAGGAGGUGUCCGCACUGAGGCGCCUGGCCAAGCCCAUGUCUGAGCGGGUGGCAGGGCGUGCAGGACUGAAGCCACCUAUGCUGGACUCAGGGGCUGAGGUGUCAGCCAGCACCACGUCCUCAGAGGCUGAAUCGGGGGCCCGCUCUGUCUCCAGCAUCGUGCGCCAGUGGAACCGCAAAAUCAACCACUUUUUGGGGGACCACCCAGCGCCUGCUGUCAAUGGCACCCGCCCUGCCAGAAAGAAGUUCCAGAAGAAGGGGGCCAGCCAGAGCUUCAGUAAGGCUGCGAGGCUCAAGUGGCAGUCCCUGGAACGGAGGAUCAUUGACAUCGUCAUGCAGAGGAUGACCAUUGUCAACCUAGAGGCCGACAUGGAACGGCUCAUCAAGAAAAGGGAGGAGCUGUUCCUCCUGCAGGAGGCGCUGCGGAGGAAGCGGGAGCGGCUGCAGGCUGAGAGCCCCGAGGAGGAGAAGGGGCUGCAGGAGCUGGCCGAGGAGAUCGAGGUGCUGGCGGCCAACAUUGACUAUAUCAACGACAGCAUCACCGACUGCCAGGCCACCAUCGUGCAGCUGGAGGAGACCAAGGAGGAGCUGGACUCCACGGACACAUCAGUGGUCAUCAGCUCCUGCUCCCUGGCUGAAGCCCGCCUCCUGCUGGACAACUUCCUCAAGGCAUCCAUCGACAAGGGGCUACAAGUGGCGCAGAAGGAGGCCCAGAUCCGGCUGCUGGAGGGACGGCUGAGGCAGACAGACAUAGCAGGCUCCUCUCAGAACCACCUGCUGCUGGACGCCCUGCGAGAGAAGGCGGAGGCACACCCCGAGCUGCAGGCCCUCAUCUAUAAUGUGCAGCAGGAGAAUGGCUAUGCCAGCACGGAUGAGGAGGUCUCAGAGUUCUCUGAGGGGAGCUUCUCCCAGUCGUUCACCAUGAAAGGUUCCACCAGCCAUGAUGACUUCAAGUUCAAGGGUGAGCCCAAGCUGUCUGCCCAAAUGAAGGCCGUGUCCGCCGAGUGCCUGGGUCCCCCACUGGAUAUCUCCACCAAGAACAUUACCAAGUCCCUGGCCUCCCUUGUUGAGAUCAAAGAGGACGGAGUGGGCUUCUCCGUCCGAGACCCCUACCACCGGGACAAGGUCUCGCGCACCAUCAGCCUGCCCACCAGAGGAAGCACUUUCCCCCGGCAGUCUCGAGCCACGGAGACAUCCCCUCUGACCCGAAGGAAGUCGUAUGACCGGGGGCAGCCCAUUAGGUCCACGGAUGUGGGAUUCACGCCCCCCUCAUCCCCUCCUACUCGGCCCCGCAACGACCGGAACGUCUUCUCUCGUCUCACCAGUAAUCAGAGCCAAGGCUCAGCACUGGACAAGUCUGAUGACAGCGACUCCUCUUUGUCGGAGGUCCUGAGGGGCGUCAUCACCCCUGUUGGAGGAGCCAAGGGUGCGAGGACGGCCCCGCUGCAGUGCGUCUCCAUGGCCGAGGGCCACACCAAGCCCAUCCUUUGCCUGGACGCCACAGACGAGCUGCUGUUUACAGGAUCUAAAGACCGCAGCUGUAAGAUGUGGAACCUGGUCACGGGCCAGGAGAUCGCGGCGCUGAAGGGCCACCCCAACAACGUGGUAUCCAUCAAAUACUGUAGCCACUCCGGGCUUGUGUUCUCCGUGUCUACCUCCUACAUCAAGGUGUGGGACAUCCGCGACUCGGCCAAGUGCAUUCGGACCCUCACGUCCUCGGGCCAGGUGACCUCCGGGGACGCCUGUGCCGCGGCGUCCACCCGCGCUAUCACCAGUGCUCAGGGGGAGCACCAGAUCAACCAGAUCGCCCUCAGCCCUUCAGGCACCAUGCUGUAUGCCGCCUCGGGCAACGCCGUCCGCGUCUGGGAGCUCAGCAGGUUCCAGCCGGUUGGCAAGCUGACUGGCCACAUCGGCCCUGUGAUGUGCCUGACAGUCACCCAGACUGCCAGCCAGCACGACCUGGUAGUGACUGGCUCCAAAGACCACUACGUUAAGAUGUUCGAGUUGGGUGAGUGUGUGACAGGCACCAUUGGCCCCACCCACAACUUUGAACCCCCACACUAUGAUGGCAUCGAGUGUCUUGCCAUCCAGGGAGAUGUCCUGUUCAGCGGCUCCCGGGAUAAUGGUAUCAAGAAGUGGGACCUGGAGCAGCAGGAGCUCAUCCAGCAAAUCCCCAAUGCACACAAGGACUGGGUGUGUGCCCUGGCCUUUGUCCCGGGCCGCCCCAUGCUGCUGAGCGCCUGCCGUGCGGGUGUCAUCAAGGUCUGGAACGUGGAUAACUUCACGCCCAUUGGCGAGAUCAGGGGCCAUGACAGCCCCAUCAAUGCCAUCUGCACCAACGCCAAGCACAUCUUCACUGCUUCCAGCGACUGCCGGGUAAAGGUGUGGAAUUACGUCCCCGGACUCACCCCCUGCCUUCCUCGCCGAGUCCUGGCCAUAAAGGGCCGAGCCACCACCCUGCCCUGACCCUCCCCUCCCACCUCCUCUGUCAUUCUCCCCUCUUUCCUCUCUUUCUCCACUUCGGUCUGAGCUGCUUCUCAACGUGACCUGACCGUGAAGUUCUGGAGUGUGCGGCGGUUACCCGGCGGCCCACCCUAGGAGCACACAGCAGUCCUCACCCUGGCUGUCUUUCAGACGAUGGCCCCCAGACCCUCGGCCCCCAGCAGCCUGGACAGCACAGAAGGGAAGCUGUGGCCUGACGGGGCCAACUGCCCUGGGGACGGAGGGUGUGGGCCUCAGGGGUGGCCCUUCUCCUGCUCUCCUGCCUCUCCCUUGACCUUCCUAUGGGAUACUAUUCCCCCGCCUCUUGGGGGAGAGAGAGAGGUUGGGGAGGAAUUUAAGCUGUGAAGCCAAAGGGCAUUUUCCCCUCUCAUUUCUCUCCCUGCAGCCCCUCGGGCUCCCCCUUGCCCUUCCUCUGGCCACAUUUUCUCCUGCUGAGCUGGCCAUGCCCUUCCUUAAGCCUCCGGCCCAGUCGUGGGGACCUAUAGGGGAGGAGAAGCAGCCCCAGCCCCUGCCAUGCCCCUCCGAUGAAAAGGCCUCCCCUUCUAUCCCCUCAUCCAGCCUCCGGAGCCACCUGCCUCUGAGCCCAAAAUGAUAGUCCUCAGGUAACCAUGGAAACCAGGUGUUGGCAGCUGGGCCCUGCAGCUGACCCUUAGCCCCUUGGCCACCAACAGCCAUUCCCAGUUGACCCCAGCCACCCCUUGGGGUCCCGUUCUGAUGGGGCCAAGGUAGAGCUGCUAGAAAAAUUCCUUUGGGGAGAUGGUCAGAAAUACUUCAGCUAUUUAAUUUAUUUUAUUUUUAUUUUUAUUUUUAUUUUUUGCUGUUGCCUCCUGGAAACUGACUUGAAGUUUCUUCCCAGAUGUACUUUCCCUCAGCACUCGGGGGCCAGGAAUCCCAAAGGGAAUCCACCCGACCAGCUCUCCAGGGCCACCUCUUCCGUUCACUUUGCAGCUCGGGCCUGUCCCCAACAUUGCCCCCAGGGACCAUUCUAGCGCACCCCUGACCUCUAGGCCGCCUGAUGCUUCAGUGCCUUCCUCCACCCCGGGGCCUGGCACCCAUGCUGGGCAGCCUUACACCAGCCAUGCCCGCGGCACCACACGUGUCUUUGCACUCGUGGGAUCCCAUGCCCGCUGCCCCCAGAAGGCAGGGGAGCUCUACCCCACAGCCUGGGGCUAGGGGCCCCCAUUCCCAGAGUCCUGUGUGGGCCACGUAGGAAGCAGCUCGGAGGAUCGUGUCUGCCAGGAGGUGGCUUGGAUGGUGAGGAUGGCCCGGGCCCCUCCCCAGCUCACCUGUAUUUUCACCCCGACAGGGCAGGGAGUCCUUCCGGCCUCUUUCCCUCUGGUUAUUCAGGAGACACAUUUUCAAGCCUUAAAGCUGGCAUGGGCGAGAGGCCCCCCCCCCCUUUUAGAUGAGUGGUGAAGAAGGAAUUCAUUGAGUUUCUUUUUGCCUUGGGGCUGUGGACUCAUGGCUCUGGGGAUGUGGUUAAAUCCGUGUUCCAGCGCCCCCUGUUGGGGCAUUUCUGAAUUUACAGGACCGGGCCUUGGGAGGAGUCCCGGGACAUCCCUCCGCCCCAACCUAUCCACAGUGUUUUUCCAGUGCUUAACUGGGCUUGUGCUUCCUGUCCUCGGUCUGGGAGCCAGGAGCCCCAACUCUGUUCUGAGAUAUGCAGUGACUUUUAGACCUUCCAGAGGUAGCCCUGAAUUUGUCCUCUGUGCCUCUGCCUAUUUGGCCAGGGCAUCGGAACCCCCUCUGUGUGACCCCCAUGUGGCGCACAGGGCAGAGGAGGCUGUCCUAGCGGGCGAAAGUCAAAAACACCUGCUGGGGCCUGAGUCCCCAGCCCUGCUUCCCCCUGUUCCGAGUGGCGCCUGCCGGCCCUGGUGGCGGAGUCCGGGUAAGCUGAUGUAUGCAGGAAGCACGCACCCUGGAAUACUGGCCUCCUGGAGCCUGCGACAGUCUGUCUGCCAUGGCCAAAAAUCCCUCCUCCUCCAGGCAGCACAGGGGAGCCACUCCCUCGGCCACAUGGAAGCAAGCGCCUCUUCUCCUCCCCAUCCUUCUCCCCACCUGAUCAGAAAGCUUCAACCUUGCAACCUGUAAGAAAGACUCCGUCUGCAUGACUGUUUACAAAUGGUAGAAACACAAAAGACUGUGCUGCCCCCACGGGCCGGGGCUGCCCCAGCCCGGGAACGGUACUGUAGCUGCAAGGCCCGUUCUUGAGCGAGAUGUGACCCUCCGGCCUGCGAGAGGUACUCAGCAUCAUUGCCCACUUCCUGCUGUUUCUGAUGGGUCAGCUACCUCAUGGCAGGCCGGCUCUGCUGUCCUGGCGAGUAUCAUUGACUCUAAACUUGAAGUCCCUCAGGAGCCCUGAGCCCUUCCAAAAGCUGUGCUCCAAGAGUGUUGGCGUCUCCGCCUACUCCUUCAGGGAUGUCCAAGGUACAUAGUUAGGGGGCAGGCCCCCAGCAUCCUAAAGGUUGGAAGCACAAAAUGGUUGUGAUUUGAGCACAAAUGGCAAGGCUUGUGGCAGGUGGCCUGGGCAGACCUGGGUCCAGGGGGCUCAUCCCAGCUUGGUUCUGCCUACAGUUAGACUGAGUAUGUCCUGGUCUGGCAGGCGUUUCCUCGCUCGGACCAGGGCUCAGCCCAUGGCUUGUCCUGAUUCUGGGGGGCUUGUCAAACUACUUACUUUCCUUUGCCCAUCAGCAGACUUGAGUCGGGGCCAACGCCGGCCCGGCCACAUCAGAAGACGUGUCCCUCUCUCAGCCCCACACCCCAAGUCUUUAAAUGCCUGAGCCCAGGCUGGGUCCCAGCCCUAUUGAGCCUAAGGAGCCCAGAGCCACAUUCUCUGUCCCCAAGGCUGAGCCCCUGUUCGAAUGCUUUUGAAGCUGACUGCCUGUGGGCCUGCUCGGCACAGUCCUGGGCCAGGCUGUGUUCUCAGUAUUAAUCAGCUCAGUGUUUGCUUUCACUUGAGUAGCUGAUCUCUCCAUGACAGAAUUCUCCAAGGUAGCACCUGGAGUUGCCUUUGGAGAUUGCCAAGGAUGAGGAAAGGCACACCCAAGUCUUUGAGGUGGUCAGGGUGCAUCUGUGGGUCUGGGAGGGGACAUUUGUGGAUCCGGGAAUGGUCUCCCUUCCCCCCCACCAUCACUACAGCUCCAACCCAGGCCAACCCUCGCUUGUCUGGCCCUGCUGCCCGCCUGGGGCGGUGUCACCUGGGCAGAGGGCGAUUUAAAGCACAAAACCGCUGUAGGGAAGAUUGUCUCUGGGACCUUCUCAUGCCAGCCAUUGUGGUGGAGCCAUGGGCAGGCCGCGGCUGUGAAGUUAGAAAUGCCCUGCUCUCUCCCCUCACGUAGACCAUCCCAGCUCUCGGGGGCCGUCCUCUGAUGCAGUCUGGGCUGAGCGCAGGCACGGCCCUCGGCUGCUCAGCACCUGCCUGAGCCCAGCGUCUUCAACAUUGUGUUUGUGUAGACAGGGCCCCCCCCUGCAAGAGCCGUGAGUUUCUUCCCACCCAGAGGCCCAAACGCAUGGCGUCUGUCUGUUUGCCAUCCCAAGCAGGAAACUGCUUACUGCUCUCUUAGCUUAGACCAGCAUCCUGGCCCAGCCUCAGGAGCCGGGGCCUGGCCUUACUCUCCUGGCCCCCAGGGUCCCUCACCACCCUCUUAUGUGCAAGGACAGAAUCUAAAGGAAAGUUCUGCAUCUUCGUUCUAGCCCCCACCCCCUGCCCAGCCCCAGCAUUCCGAUGAGCCCCCACCCUUAGCAUACCCCCGUCCAGUUUUUUGAACCCUUAUCCCGAGGGCUUUGCAGGGAAGUGGGAACUACUCCAAGAAGAGCCAAGGGUCAGAGAAGACCCCUGAAGUGAAUCAGGGCCCCGCCUUGCCCACCAGCUCUUUUCUAGGGAUCACCCCCUGCCCAGGCUGCAGGGUCUCGCCUGGCUUACGCGCUCCUCGCUACGCGGCUAUAGCACAAGAUGUAUAUAUGUUUUGUACCUCUGCCGAUGACUGUACAUAGUGUAUGAAAGUUAUUUAAGCCUCAUGCUGUACAUUUCUGUGCCUAGACUGGAUGUGUGUGUUCUAAGAAGUUGUCAUAAAUAAAACCCGAAUGACCUAACGUA